CCUACUUAUUUUCCCCGUCCCUCCUUCGCCCUCCCUUGUCUUCUCCCCGCCCCCUCGACAGCCAUGCAGACCAUUCGCGUCCCGUCCACGGACGGCCUCCGCCUCUCCCCCUCGUUUCCGCCUUCCUCUGCCGCCGCCGAUCCUCCCCGGCGCGGCCUCCUCCUCCGCCGAUCCGUCCUGCGGCCCGCCGUCCGCGCCUCCGUCGAGGCGGCGGCGGCGGCGGCGCCCCGGAGGGAGAUAGAUCCAAGGAAGCGGGUGGUGAUAACGGGGAUGGGGCUGGUGUCGGUGUUCGGGAACGACGUCGAUGUUUACUACCAGAAGCUGCUGGAAGGGGAGAGUGGGAUCGGGCCAAUCGACCGGUUCGACGCCUCCAAGUUGCCGACGAGGUUCGCCGGCCAGAUCAGGGGGUUCUCGUCGGAGGGGUACAUCGACGGGAAGAAUGGCCGCCGGCUCGAUGACUGCCUGCGGUACUGUCUCGUCAGUGGCAAGAGAGCGCUCGAGAGCGCUGGGCUAGGCGUUGGGAGCAAGGCCCUCGGCAAGGUUGACAAGGCACGAGCUGGUGUACUUGUGGGGACGGGCAUGGGUGGCGUUACAGUGUUAUGUGAUGGUAUCUGGUCUCUCACAGAGAGCAACUACAAGAAAGUGACUCCUUUUUCUAUUCCUUAUGCCAUAACAAACAUGGGCUCGGCCCUGCUGGCAAUGGAUAUUGGCUUCAUGGGUGCAAACUAUUCAAUUUCAACUGCCUGUGCUACUUCGAAUUAUUGUUUCUAUGCUGCUGCCAACCAUAUUCGUCGUGGUGAGGCUGAUGUAAUGAUUGCUGGUGGUACAGAAGCCCCAAUUAUUCCCAUGGGUGUUGGGGGUUUUGUGGCAUGUAGAGCAUUGUCACAGAGAAAUGACGACCCCACAACUGCAUCAAGGCCAUGGGACAAAGAUAGAGAUGGCUUUGUUAUGGGAGAAGGUGCUGGAGUCUUGGUUAUGGAGAGUCUGGAACAUGCAAUGAAACGUGAUGCACCUAUUAUUGCUGAGUACCUGGGAGGUGCUGUUAACUGUGAUGCUUAUCAUAUGACGUGUCCUAGAGCUGAUGGGCUCGGCGUGUCCUCUUGCAUCCAAAAAAGUCUGGAACAUGCUGGUGUUGCACCAGAAGAGGUUAACUAUAUAAAUGCCCAUGCAACUUCUACACCUGCCGGUGAUCUAGCUGAGGUGAAUGCAAUUAAACAGGUGUUCAAGAACCCAUCAGACGUCAAGAUCAAUGCAACCAAGUCCAUGAUAGGGCACUGCCUUGGUGCAGCCGGGGGUUUAGAAGCGAUUGCAACAGUGAAAGCCAUAGCUACUGGGUGGCUGCAUCCAACAAUCAACCAAUUUAAUCCGGAGCCUGCAGUUGAAUUUGAUACAGUGGCAAAUAAAAAGCAGCAACAUGAAGUGAAUGUUGCCAUUUCUAAUUCAUUUGGAUUUGGAGGUCACAACUCGGUGGUGGUGUUUGCCCCGUUUAAGCCAUGAUCCAUCAUAGUUUGCCUUCUGCAUUGAAAGAAUGUAGUUGUAGCAAGUAGGGAUUGUUCAUUUUAGUGAAGCAAGUUUUGACAAAAAAGGCUUUUGUGGAAGGAGUAGCAUGAGGUGGUUUACAGCGGCGGCUUUGGUCAUUUUAAGUCUAGGAAGAGGAGCACUCAUACUUAGGGUGGCAUGGGUGUAUUUUAGGAGAGGUCCCGGAAAAUCUCAACCAAAUAUAUGUUAAUCUUUCUUCCUAUUCUCAAACAUGACUAACAAAUAAUAGUCAUUGCUAAUGAAUUCAACUCAACUGAUA